AUGAUCACCGUGGCCGCCGAAGCCGGCAACAACCCCAAAUCCCCGGCCGGAAAGCAGGUCGUCGACGUCGCUCCAGGAGUACCGGGAGAACCAGACGUUCGUGAUCCGCCAGAAGGAGGGGCGGCUGACGAUGGGGUCGACGAUGACGAUGAGAUAGAAGUAGAAGUAGGUCAUAGAAGAAGAAAGGGAACCCUGAAAGCAGAGGCAACCACUACGGAGCACAUCUUGACUCACAGGUUUGCCAACCCGUAUUGUGACGCCUGCGUCAGGGCGAAGAUGAGACAUCAUCGAACGUAUCGGAACGCCUUCAAGAGACCUCUCAAAGAGUGGGGCGACCUAAUAACGUUCGACUGGAUCACCCCGGAGAGAGUCGACAGCCUAGGCGUCGAAGGAGACAAGGAGGUCUUCACCAUACGAGAUGUCUAUUCCGGGAUGAUGAUGGCCUACCCGUGCACUGAUCGAGGCACCGAAGAAGUCAUCAGGUGUCUGAAGGAUUUCAUCGGCACGGGGAAGGUCAAGAUCGCGUACUCAGACAACGCAGAUGAGUUUCUGAGGGCCUGUAGAGCUCUCGGGAUACAGCAUGAUACUUCACUGCCUGGUAGGCCCCAGAACAACUCGCUGGCCGAACGGAAUGUAUUGACGGUCAUCGACCAAGUGAGGAUUUGCGUGCUGGCGGCGGGAUUGCAGCCGUGCUGCUGGUCUUUCGCCCUGAAGGCAACCUGUCACCUGAUGAACCUGGAGACGGUCGAGGGCGAGAGCGCAUGGUCGAGGGCGAAGCUGAAGCUGUUCGAUGGACCUCUUAUACCCUUUGGAGCCCUCGUGGACUUCAAGCUGUCGGCGGCAAGGGACACGACCCACAAGUUCGCCCCUAGGGCUAUGCGAGGAGUAUUUGCGGGCUACUCAAUUGGAAGUGGGGUCGAGUGGCGUCGGAAGAUGCUCGUCUGGCCUCUUGAAGCAUUUAUAUGUGCUGAUCUGAAGAACGAUUGCAAAACGUUGCCGGCCAACCUCAGACGUCCACAUGUUACGGAAGUCGUAAAGAUGGCCGAGCCAAUCCAAUUCCCCCUGAAGGCGAGAUUCGAGAAACUGAAUGGAUCGGAGGAGGAGUAUUUGACCGAUCGGGAAAGGCUUGACAGGCUUGGUGAACUCGAUGAUGAAUACUCGGCAGAACGUGAUGACGGUGAUGAUGGUGACGAACCUCCACCUGAUGACGAUCGAGGGGGGAACGGAGAGAAAGUCAAGGAACUCUUCGGCGUCGACCUUGAACCCACCGAUGGGGAAAUCCCCGCGGUUGGGGGCAGAGAGGCCGACAUUCCUGGGUCACCAGAUCUUGAUGCUCUCCUAGAUGGCGAGGAUCGUGGAACCUCGAACGCCGGCGGUCACGGGAGCAAAGGAUCGCACGUGCCAAUGCCCGUUGGAAUUCCGGAAGGACCCAUAAUAAGGUGGAGCGAAGGCAAGGCCGCGGAUGGCAUCAUCUACGUCAAUGACCACGGGAAGUAUGUCAAGCUGGAUAUACGCGGACGCCCUUAUCCCGUUGAUGUACAUGGUAGGAGGACUGGCCUUGGGUCUUCGAGGCCGGACUACUAUACCCCCGAAGAAUGGUCAAAGUUUAGCGGCAGCGAUCGCAAGAUGAUGACCCGAAUUGAUGAGGAGUUCAAGAAGGAAGAGGAGAAGAGGGCCAGGAAGCUAAAGGCUGCCGAGAAGAAGGACAAAGAGUCCAAGAAGAAGAAGAAGAAGAAGGGGGAGGGAAACAAGCACUGGAUCAUCAAGAGGAUGAAGGUUGGCGGCGCCGAGUCCGAGCAGUGUUGGAACAUCAUGGCCAAGAAUCUCGUCGGGGAGGUGAUCUACACCAUCAUCUUUGACAAGAACAAAGGGGAGAUCGUCAUGAUGAACAAACACAUUGUCCUGGACGCCGAGUCGGGUGUGCUCAAGGAAUUCAAGAGGUUGCUUCUUGAAGGAGACGGGCGGAUAGUUGUCGUCUGCGGGAUCGUCGAUGACACGAAGCCUGUCAUGAGCACCGGCCGAGGACCCUCGGCGGCUGCCAUCAGCGAUGACGAGAGCGACACCACUGCGCCUGACUCCGACGCUACUAGUCUCGAGUUCGGCGACGGAUCAUGGGAUGAGUGGGAGGGGAUGCUGGGGAUGCAGCUGGCUAAUGCCGGGGAAGAUGGCGAUGACGCGGCUGGGACCCCAGCGCCUCCCGAUCUCGCAAGCUACUCUCUGCCGGGGAACCCCACAGAAGUAGUCAUGGCUGAGACUCCUGAUGACCAGGCACUGUGCCCGCAGAUGGCUGGCGUCGGCAUGUCCCUGUACAUGCAACAGCUGCUCCAGAAGUUCGUUGCGAGGGGGAUGCUGCUCCCGAACGCGUACGAUGACAGCGAUGGCCGGGAGUACCCCAUCGACGCCGCGCUGAACUGGAUCGCACUGAGGAUGCCAAAGGUGGCGGUCUUGGCCGCCCACUACUUUGAUGCCGCCGAGGAGAUGUUGGUUGCCCUGGAUAAGGGAAAGGAGAUCACCGUCAAGGAAUUCCUAGAGCUGCCGGAUCUGACGUCCACCGAGGAGAAGGUGCUGGUCGCCAACUGGGGGAGCAAGAUGUCGCAGGCUCGAGACGCUUUCUGGCUUGCGGUCUUCCAGAACAACCCAAUCACUGAGAGAGCAUCGGACCGCUUUAAGGAGCCGGCGAGCGCGCCGCAGCUGAUUAGGGACAUCAUCACCUACAACUCCUCCCGCGACGAGUGCAAUGCGUGGGCUUCGGCCAAGUGCUACCUCCAGCGCAUGAUGUACGUGGCCCGCUGCCUUCACCUUAUCGACACCAAGCGCUUCCACGUCGCUGACGUGAUCAGUGCUGGAUGGCAUGUGAUGAAGGAGUACAACAAGACCGUCUCUAGGAUGGCCGGGCUCAGUGUGCUGGAGUUCUGGAGGGACUACGUCCAGGAGAUUGACUUCAAGCGUGCUCAGCGCGAAGUGAUCCCUGAGUACCACACUAAUGCGGCGAUGAAGGACAUCAACGGCGCGAUGAAGCCGGUACACCAGUCCCUGCAAAUUCAAGGUCUGAGGGUCACGCCAGCCACGCUGAUCUCUGACCUGGUGAUGUACAAUAGCUCCGGAUCCGGAGCUGUCACCUCCUUGGGAGACGGGCUUACAGACUACGCCACGUGGGGGAACACCAAGGGCUACUUCCCUGGAGGCAUUGCUGGAGUGAAUUUCCCCGAUGGAGGAAAUCCUCCAGAAGCUUAUAAGGAUCUGUCCGAGAGGAUGGUGAGACCGAUGACCGUGUCGGUUGCUUCUACGAGCGUGGUGCACGGCACGGGAUGCCAGCGCUUAUCGGAGUACACGAAGGCCAUCAAGAAUGAACUGGGCCAGAGGCUCAUAUACGAGACCGCAUUGCUCCUGCUUGGGUUCCCGUACUCCACCAUUAAUCGGAUGGACGAGGAAGUCGACAACAUCAUUGCUGGUGGGCGGCGGCCGAAGAAGGCUCAAGAAAUCAGCGUAGCCAGACCGGUAAGAGCGUUCUUACCCACCAGGCUUGAAGCUGAACAGGGUUGGCUGGACGUCGAUAACUACCAGCUCGUCCCUGUCACCACCGCGAUGCCCGACGGCUACAACCUUGACAUCACUGCGACAGACGUCGAACACAUCUGCCGACAACGCAAGGCCAGCCCUGUCGCCGGCGGGGAACCCCGCGACGCCAGAUGCUGUGUCUUUUGCGCGGCAGCUUUUGCCAACAACAACUCCUUCGGGAUGGGAGUAAAUGUCAUGGAAGAGAUGAAGAAGGCGGCGGCGGUGCUGAAGAUUGUCCUGGAGAAGAACAGUGCACGGUUUAGCGCUAAGCCCCAUCGUGACCUUCGCAAAUUCAUCGUCGACGUUGCUCAGGUCCUGAAGGAUGAGCCGGCGAUCAAGCUCUUCAGCCAUUUUGGCGCGGUAAGGUCCACUGUCUAUGACGGCGUGACGAGGCUGCUCAAUAGGAAGGGCAAGACGAUUUUCCCGCUGGUCUUGUAUCGGUGCAACCCUCAAGGCCAGGAAAAGAAGAAGGGCGUCUACUGUUCGUUCUUCUACGACGCGGGGAACCGCAUUUAUGCCGGUUGGUGGCGAGCCGUGUUCUCCCCCGAGGAGAUCGACUCCAUUUUCGACGGCGCGUCAGUCAAGGAAGAGGCCAUGGGCGACAGGAUCGAAGCCAUCCUUGGCUUGCUGCACCUCGCCAGCUUCUACAACUACAACUUCACAAGAUUUGAAUACGCAGACGACAUGAAGCACGGGAUUGAGCGCUCCAUCAUCAAGUGCAUGAUUGGCGGAUCAAUUGGGCUGCCCACCGAGAACCGCAAGAAGCCUAGCAAGGGCAAAGACCACGGUAUUCCCUCCAAGGAUCUGGAACAGAUCUGCGAGGAGAUCGGGGUGCCCAUGUUCAAGAUCGGUGAGUGCUCUCCCGAGGAGCCCAUCUAUGCAGCGCUGGAGCCUGGAUACGAUUACCUCAUCGAGUCAGUGCCUCCGCCUACUCCGGUCAAGGAGGAGGUCAUCAAGGAGGAGGUCAAAGAGGAGAUCGUGGAGGAGACUGGCGACGUCGAGAUGACUGGCACGGUAGAAGUCGACGAGGGCCGCGAGGAGAUCGCGAAGUUUGGAUGCAGUCUUUGCGAGUCCAGCGAUCACCAUGCCCUCGACUCCCCGAAUGACGUCCAGGUCGAGGAAGACGAGCAGAAGGGCUCCUACGUCCCGUAUGGGCUCCGUGCCGGCAGUUACCAGGACGGCAAACUGAUCGUUGAAGAAGGGCCUCCGUCCAUGACCCACGUGAAUGUGUACGCCGCCUCGUACCUCAGCACCCCGCCACUGAUUCCUGGUUGCCCUGAGGACAAAGAAUUCUGGGAUCAAGUUGUCAACGACGGCUAUCAGCGAUACUACCAACUGGCGGUUGAUGUCGUUCCUCCCGGGAGGAAGGUAGCCGUGAUCAACAAUCGAGAUGAAUGCCGACUCAACAUGUUCAACGACCGCUGGAAGGCGAUCUACGGCAGCAGAACGAGAACGAGGGAGAACUUCUCUCUGGGUGAGUCUCAGUACGCGAACCUGCUGAAGGACUUCUCGUUCUGCCUCUGCAGACUGCUUCGCCAUCACGUCGGCUACCCUGUCGAAACCAGAGGCAGGAAUGUCUCCGCGGAGUCUAUCGCGAACAGGUCGGAACUGCACUUCAGCGCCCACGCACCUUGGGACAAGCGCAACGUAAAUUGGCCCAUCACCAUUGGCUAUGACCCGCACAUCAUGGCGAUCUACAUCCCCAUCAUGAACCUCAUCCCCUACGGAGUCGCCCACGUGUGGCUUGCGCAGCCAGGGCAGAAGUGGAGGGACAGGGGAAAGUUGAUGAUCACGCCCGCCAAGAACCCCAUCCUGCUCUCCGGCCGUAGUAGUGAGGGAUUCCUUGUGCUCACGGCCAGGGAUGGGAAGCCUUGCGGGUUUGAUGAGACGCUGGAAGCCGCCAGGGAGAUCGUCAUCAGGAUUGAUGUCCCCGAGAAGACUCGCGCCAAGUUCCAUGAGUUUUCGGUCAAGAUGGAGCAGUCAGCCGACAAGCGGCACAACUCCGGCGGCGACACGUUGAAGAUCCCCGCUGAGGAGCUGGAGGAGGAGGAGUUCCGUAAAAUUGUGGUGUUGCACUCCAAGAGGAGCGAGGAGAAGUGGCAUGGUUUGAAGUCUCGAUUGUGUCCAGCAUGCUUGAAGAUCACUCCGGCAUCUGUUGUCAAAUGCCUCCUUUGCAAGGUGAAGUUCAUCGUCCACGGAUGCGUCAAGAGCAUCAUCCCUGAUGAGGUGAGGCGCGAAUACGAAGUGAAGGAGAGGAUCGACGCCAAGGAGGUCGAGAGCAUCGCUAACAACAUCAACAUCGCCAUGGCGACCAUCGAUGAAGAAGAUGGGCAAGACGGCCAAGAGGUUCGAGAGAUGGAGAUCCCUCAGGAGCGCAGAACGCCGAGGAGAGGGUUGAAGUGCUCGUAUAGCAACACCAACGAGAACGUCGCGAUCUGUGUUGACUCUGCCAAAGAGGCCCUCUCUGGCAUGAACCUCAUUGUUGGCUUGUUCGUCAAGAACUUCCAGGCAAUUGGGAAAUUCCUCGAGAAAGCCUAUGCCGAUAAGAUCAACGACCUCAAGCAAGGGAAUCUGGGGGGAUUCAUGAGGAACUUCGGCACAAACCUGUCAUGGGGCUACGACGGGCUUCCCGAGAUUGUGGACCGCAUCACCCUUGACCAGGGCUUGGAGGAAUUCUAUAUGGCAGAACAUGGAUUUCCGGGGCCAACGCAGAACCCUGAUCUGAACUCGGUCUCCAUUUACAAGCACAGGACGCUUGUGAUUUACGCGUUUCUCUUCCGCUUCACAAAUCAUCAGCGGCUGAGACUGACCCCAUCUGCAGGAUCAUACAACGAGCUCAAAGACGUCCUCACCAAAUUGAGGGAAGGUGUCCUCGCCGAGAGGGAGCAGAGGAUGAACGAAGCCUCUUUCGCCAAGGGAAAGCUCCUCUCCAGAUAUUCGGAGAUCAUCGGCAGAGGCGUUGGGCUCUUUGGGUUCAGGAAAUUUUCAUUUCUGCGCGAGGAGAUCGCUGACGAUCCGGCGGGUUUCUACUUGCCCAUGAUCGGAAUGCUUCAGCAGAUGGGGACCAAGAAGAUCCCCGCGCCUUUGAUCGCCCUCUGCCAAUAUUACGGCAACUUCAUCCGCGAAGACAUGCCGGUCAAGCUGAAAGAGUACGAAGACCUUCAGGCAGCUGGGCGCUAUCGCGGGACAUUGGCCAUUGGUCAAGACGCCGGAGGCAAGGCCACCUUGAGAAGAACGCCACUGACGUCAAGGCUGGGCAGCCCUCCCCUGCCGGUCGACCAGGAGAAUCCGGAGGCGGAUCAUCAUCGCUCCGCGAUGUGGAACCCCAAGCGGAAGCCGCGGGUCCACGACGGGGAACCCCGUGUGGACACCAGCCACAAUUUUUUCGGCCAUGCUUCAGCGACGUAA